CAAAACUGUACAUGACAACUAAAAAGCACACAGCAGCAAUGGACUUCGUAUCCAGAACCAGCCCCUCACUGCGUUAGACCAUCGCGGCACCGGCAUCAAACGUUCCAAGUCGCAGCCCCUGUGCCGUUUCUCCGGCCGAUGCCCGAAAUUCACCGCCUUGUUCCUGCAUAAGCACAUGCGGCUUUUUACACACAGGGCACAUGGGCAUGGGAGUGGACAUGUUACAGUAGUGGCAGCCAACUUAUCCCAUUUCAGAUUCUUAAUAAGCUAUCUACCUAGAAUUUGCCGUGAAACAGGUUCUUCAGCAUGUCUCUACCGGUGAAGUAGAUGGUUCUGGACAGAGUCACAAAGUCCAAAGUCGAGCUGAACGUAUCAAGGAACCCAAAUGGAAGCAUGGCUGGAAUCCAGCCCUGCGCCAGCUCCAGCGCAAAAGAACCUGGUGGCAUAGCAUACUGCUUGAACUCGCCCUUGGCCAUAUGGUGCUGGUCUCCCGGCAAAUACACAGACCUCUCCAACUGGGUUGGGAAAGCAGCGUGCUGCUCCCCAGUCAGAAUCGUAAAGUAAUCGUCCGCAAAAUGGAUACCCGAGUGGCCCUCAGUUCCGAUAGCAGUGCCGAAGAAAAUCACGUACUCCGAGAUGGAUGCGUGCAGAAUAAACAUCUGGCCCAUGGCUCCGCCGGCGUUGUUGAACACCCAGUCGUCGAAAUUGAGCUUGUUGAUCAUCUGGUCGCCGUACACCUGGGACAUCUUCUCCUGCACCGCGUACAUGAUGGCCGUCGCGUUGUUUGGGUGCGCUUUGACGGCGUCGACGCAGAUCUGCUGUAACUCGGUCUUGUCGAAAAUGUAAUUUCUUGGAAGCCACGUGCUGAAGAGCUGGUUGAGGACAAUAUACGAAACGAUCGGAAUGAGUGCAAGAUGGACGAGCUUCAUGGUUUUAUUUUUUUAAUCUUUUUUGGCGAGCUAAACGAUGUGCGACGAGAUUCGGGCGGUGAAAAGAUCGCCAGAAUUAUUUAAUUAUUUAUUUGCCAUGUCUCAUCCUCUCCCACACGCAAACAAACAAGAACUCGAGCAGGUGGCACGGUUUAUAUUUUGCCAUGGACGUGCUCCAGACGGCCACUUUGACUCCCCACUCGUGAAUAGUGCCAUUCGUCUGCACAUGGCAGUCGUCGCAGACCAUGAUCUGCUGGACUCGCUGCAGCCAGCUCUUUUCACGGAGAACCGUCCUCUAGCGCUCGAAUACCACUAUCUGAGGCUUUUGUGCGGCCAGGCCGACGACAGUGUCUAUGAGGCCGCUUUGGAACUUCUGGAACAGCUCACAGAACAAGAAAAACAUCAGUUUCCUGCCGCGCUAAUCGUUUGCAACUUCAAAUACCUCUACGGAGCGUAUCUCGCUGGACUGAACAAAUACGCUGCCGCAUUGCCAUAUUUAUUGGACACAUAUUCGAGCUCCCAGGUGGACUUCUUUGCUGGCCCAAAGCCAGACUUUGAGGGCAACUUCCGGCUCGCGGUGCAAGCUUUGCUGCUAAUUCCGUACGGCUACGCAAAGCUGGACGCCCUGCGACAACUUGUGGGCCAGUUGGACAACCAGCCGUUUGCUGUCGACAAAACCGUACGCACUCUUCUCGCCAACAUGAAAAACGAACAGGUCUUCCCCAUAGACCGCCAUAUAGUGUCCCAGAUCGUGCCUUCGACCCGUGUGGACGACGCGGUCCGGCUGCUCAUCCAGUACAACAUAAUAGCGUCCUCGAAAACGUUCAGGACAAUCAAAAUAGCCACGCUUGUCCGGAUCCUGGGCCUGCAAAUACCCGACUCCGAAAUGCUGGACUCGCCGUGGACGAGGUCGACAUGA